GUCAUGACUCGCGACCUCAUUUGUGAUUCGUGAUUCCCUUCAGCUACGAACGCAGCUUGACUUCCACCAGUCCGUCAGUCAGGAUUCUGCAAGAUUCGCGACUUGCUCCUGUGAAUGAAUCUCGACAUCAAUCCGCGUGUCUUCUAUUGUUUUCAUCUCGGCCACAGAUCCAUUUCGGCAUUCACGCGGGGGGGUUACAUAUCGCUUGUCCAUCACGUCUCCCCGUCCCAACGUACACAGCACCUGCGCAGCGCCAGCAUCACUGCCCGCUUAGAAAAUGUCCGAAUCAGUAAAGAUCCUCUCUCAGAAGCUGGACUUCGGCAAUGGCAAGGUCGCCCCUAAUAGGCUGGUCAAGGCUCCCAUGGAAGAGAUGCUGGGACGAUUUGGUGGGAGCGCACCGACUCCCGCCCUCCUGAAAUUGUACAGGCACUGGGCCAAGGCUGGUUGGGGUAUGGUCAUCACUGGCAAUGUAGCUGUGGAUCGGACGCAUCUUGGUUUUCCUUGGGACAUCUCGUUUCCCUCGCCGCCUCAUUCUGAUGCUCUCAUCUCAGACUUCAAAGCGUACGCCGAAGCAUCUUCGGGAAGAGACAAUUCAUCAAUUGACGAGGCAGAUCGCCCGCUGGUAGUGGUACAGCUGGUCCACGCUGGCAGACAAUCUCUACGAGGCUCAGGUCGAGCUCCUUGGAAGCCAGCUUUGGCCCCCUCUGCUGUCCCCAUGAGACCUUCUGAAGGCAUGGGCGUCGUCGGCAAAGCGCUAGACUGGCUUCUGUGGGGUACGCCGAGAGCUAUGACCCUGCCAGAAAUCCAAGAGAUGGUGAACCGGUUCGCAGCUGCGGCUGAGGCUUGCUCCAGGGCUGGAUUUGAUGGAGUUGAGCUGCAUGCCAGUCACGGCUAUCAGCUAUCAGCUUUCCUAAGCCCGAGGACCAAUCUUCGCACCGACGCAUACGGCGGCGAUGCCCAGAGACGAGCACGCAUACUGCUUGAAAUUGUCACUGAAGCACGCAAACGGGUCCCUCGAGGAUUCCUAAUCGGUGUAAAGCUCAACUCAAGCGAUUACAUUCAAGGUGGAUUGACGGAAGAUGAUGCAUUGCUCAACGUGCGUUGGCUGGCGGAGCAUGGUGGAGUUGACUUUGUCGAGAUCAGCGGGGGCAAUUAUGAGAAUCCUAGCUUCAUGACCGAAGGUUUCGACGCCGAGGAAGAAAUGCGCAAGUUGCAAGGGGACACAUCGGUAUCUGCACCACAGCGAGGCACAGAGGCGUCUCAAAUGCAGAAGGACCAGGGCGCCCGGAGUGCUCGUUCUCAUGCUCGGGAAGCAUUUUUCCACAACUUUGCUAAGAAGGCGCGGGACAACCUUCCAGCUUCAAGCUCGACCAGGUUGAUCGUCACUGGUGGGCUGAAGACAAGAGCAGGAAUGGCGGGCGCGAUCGAGAAUACUCAUGUGGAUGGCGUUGGCAUCGGUCGGAUGGCUGCUGUGUAUCCGGACCUGCCUCGAAGGGUGCUCGACCAGAAUGUUGUAGACGACGAAGACCCCAGAGCGAACGGACCUAAGUACGUCAUUCCUGGAUCAGGACUGCUGGGCUACAUACCGAUCAAGUUUGUCGGCGCGGGUUGGGGAACAGUGUGGCAUAACGGCAUGAUGUCCUACCUCGUUCUAGACAAGAAGCCCGACGUCCACGCCAGUACGCCUCGAAUCUUGCUCGGCAUUUUUGCGCCGUCAGUGCUUCAGCUACGCAUACACGCGUUCAUCGCUGCCAUACUGGUCUUCCUCGUGGCUUUCCUGCCUGGCGUCGCUCGACAGAAGACCGUGUAG